AUGGCAAAGGCCACGGUUAUACAGGCAUGGAAGUUCACGGGCGUGCCUGCGUGCGACUCCGAGGAGGAUGCUGUCUCUCCAGCACAUCUAUCUAUGCCCCCUGAACAGGCGUUCCCCCACCUCUUCUAUGGGAUGUUACUCACCGGUCAACGUCCUGGACCCGGCCUCGAGAUAUAUAUAAGCCUAGGCUUUUGCACGUGUCGCGAUCAAGGGGAGGAGCACGGAUUGGCGAACACGUAUAGACUGUUGAUUGACAAAUGCACGUUCCCCGAGUUCUGCGACGCCUUCGCUUCCCAAUCACUGGGGCAACUGCUGGAAACCCAUGAUUUGACUUCACAUCUUCCUCGCCACUUUGCAAGCGCGACAGCGCUGAGCAAACCGUCUGUAUGGUAUCUCAAGGAUUUUGUCCUCCAGGACAACCUUGUUUUAGACAACGAGUCGGACCUCGUCAAAAGUUUACAAAACUCGGUCCGAGUGGACUACGGGUUCUGGAACGCAAAGAACCUGGAGGAGAUUCAAGUGCUCCGGAGUGCAUACCGACAAUAUUUCGACGCCUAUGGGGACGCGGUCGAACUUCACAACGCGUGUAUCCAAGGCCGAAUCUAUGAGCAUGUAAACAGUGUCGUGCGGCUGAAGAGUAAAUGGCUGAAGAGGUUGAUGAUGAAUAUCUACCCUCUCUCUAGUUCUGAUUAG